GCUUUACUUCUAGGCACAAAACGAACUUCAACAAACUCAGGUCUCAUUGUCUUCAUUAUUCUUUAAACACAAUUAGGAGCAGCAAUUAGUGUGCGAAGGUCUCAAGUCCAGUGUGCGUCUGGAUAAUUUGGUGCUUUUAUUUUGGAAAACCCUUUGCACCCGCGCUGGUUGGCAUCAACGUAACCUAGUAAUGCGGUCUCCACGGCGCGCAGAGCAACCCGUCCAGACGCGCACGGUCACAGCAUGAGCACCGGGAAGGCAGCGGCGCUGCUGGCGCUGGGAGCGGCCGCUCUGCUGCUCCUUCGAGCCGAACAACGCUCGGACUCGACGUGGACGCAAACGGAGGCGCUCGGGGCUGCGGGGCGCGCUCUGCUCUGCGCCAUCGGCGGAGUGGCGCUGCUCGCUGCGCUCUGGCUCUACAGGCUGCUCUGGUGUCCGCUGGAGCUGCGCAGGGCGCCCGAGGACGUGGGCUACGUCCCCGAGGCCGGACGCACCCGAGCCCAGGCGGCGAACGACGUCCGGCGCAGGAGGAAGGCCGGAGACCUGCCUCCGGUCUACCCCAACGGCUGGUACCGAGUCCUGGACUCGCACAUGCUGCGCAGGGGCGAGGUGAAAGGCGUCUCUGCUCUGGGGGAGCAGCUGGCCGUGUUCCGAGGCCAGGACGGGGCGUCGUACGUGGUGGAAAGCUACUGCCCUCACCUGGGCGCCAACCUGGCGGUGGGAGGACGCGUGGUGGGGGGCUGCAUAGAGUGUCCGUUCCACGGCUGGCAGUUCCAGGGCAAAGGAGGCAAAUGUGUGAGGAUCCCGUACGCUGACAAAGUGCCAGAGUUUGCCACGGUGCGCUGCUGGCCCAGCUGCGAGGUCAACGGCCAGAUCCUGAUUUGGUUUCACUGUGAUGGAGGAGAACCUCAGUGGGCCGUUCCAGAGCAGCAGGAGAUCACGGAGGGCCGGUGGGUCUAUCGAGGCAGGACCGAGCACUUCAUUAACGCUCACAUAGAGGAGAUUCCUGAGAAUGCAGCAGACAUCUCUCACCUCGCUCACCUCCACACUCCGGGCUUCGCUAGUGGAGUCGAUCUGCGCUUCACCAACAGCAAAACCUGGGAGUUUUUGAGACACGACUGGAAGGUUCGAUGGGAACCGGAGUCGGAGCCCAACAAACAUUGCUCCCAGAUGUUUGUGAAACAUGCUUUGACUGUGUUUGGAUUUCACUGGCCUCUGCUGGAUGUUCAUGUCGUGGCCAGACAGGUGGGGCCGGGCGUGGUGUUCCUGAGGUUCGACCACCGCUUCCUGGGCCGAGGGGUCAUCAUGCACUGCGUGACCCCCGUGGAGCCUCUGCUGCAGCUGGUCUCCCACACCAUGUUCUACCAGGCUAACAUCCCGUCAGUGGUGCCCAAGUUCAUCCUCAGAAUAGAGUGCGUUCAGUUUGAGCGAGACGUGAUGAUCUGGAACAAUAAGAAAUACGUGUCGCAGCCUCUUCUAGUGAAGGAAGACGCCGCCAUCCUGAGGCACCGGCGCUGGUUCAGUCAGUUCUACAGUGAGAACAGUCCGCGCCUGCGACACCAGCGCCGCUCUUUGGACUUUUAGAACCUCGGACGGAUCCGACUGCACGUGCUGAACCAGAGAGCUGGUUUGUGUUUUAAAGCCUAAAUAUGCUGAAUUUAAAAUCUCCCAUUUAGAGUCGUGUGUUCAGUGCGUUCAGUCUGUGACAGUUUGAUGAAUCAGAACGAGUGCUAAUCGUAAACAAUACAAAGAUUGAUGCCGACUUUGCCUUUAAAUCCCACAUAGUGUCAAAACACUUGUGACUUUAUGGUGUGAUUAUGUGGUGUUGUGGCUCAGCCUCCUCCUCACCAGAACAACACGUGCUAGUUGGGAACAAAGCUCAUGCUGAUGUUGCUAUGGUGACCUUCAACAGACAAUAAUUCUCAACUUUAUGUUCAGUCUUAAGAUGAGCCCUAAGAAAAGCUGAUGAGCCCUGACGUUUGUUUCUCGGUCAGAGAUGAUGCUGAGCUGACGUGUCUAAUAUUAUAUUAUGUGACAAACCGGUCCUAAACUGAUGAUUCACUGUAAUCUGCAAACACUGGCCUAGUUCCUCAACAUUAGCAUCCAUUUGAAGUGGUGUUUGUGUCCACCUGAUGCUAGCAGCUCCAAUUUUAGCUCGGUUCCUCCUUCCACCAACUUCUGAGUAAAGUGUUCAGCUGCAACGAUGCCAAUAAUCUAAAAACAAAAAGAAAGGAGUUUAAAUCUCUCUCUGCAUGUUAAGUCUUAAACACUGAUUGUCCAAAGCAAAUGAUCCCAACAUGCUGCACUUUUCUAUCCACUCUCAGGAGAAACACUCACUCCUUCACGUGUAUGAAGCCUUUUCUGGCCCGACUGCACAUAAAGUAAUAUUAAGCACUUUGAGGACAUUUCCACCUGCUGCACAUGGUUGAGUCAUUCCUGACUUGGUCCCUGCGGGCGGUUUGUUAAAGGUUCCCGUGCUGCCUGUUUGUUUGCCUGUGGUGCUCAGUGAUUUCUGUUAAACAGUCGGUGGUCGAGGAAGCAAAUAAGCAGCAAAUGAAUAAAGAAGCACUUUCUUUAAAUAUCA